ACGCGAGGAAAAACAAAAUGGUGUGCGCUUGUUUUUGACACAAUGUUGCGCUAGGGUUUCGCGGUACGUGAAAAAGUAAAAUAUUGCGGAAAAAAUCCUCGACCGCUAUCCGGAAGCGAUUUCAAUCGACGGCAGCUUUGUCCGGACAUUUCCGGAAUGUGAAAACAAGUGCCGACGUGUGACAGUCUGUGCACAAAAUUCAGAGAUAAUAAGGAAAAUAUCAUCACAUCAAAUUAGAAUACGUGUUCAAAAGAAACGAACCAUAUUCACUGUUUACAAUUGUAUCAUAAUCGGUGCAAAUCGGGAUCAGCCCCGUACGGACAAACAACUCGCGACCUAAUAUGGAUGAACUUGGCGAUCAACCGGUUCCUCCGCCGGUCCAGGCCGACACGCCAGCUGUCGCCAAUGUUGAAGCAGUGGAAGACGCUGUCGAGAAUGAAACGAAGAACAUUGCUGAGGUCGAGGAAAAAGAUGCCGUUGAUGUCGCACAAAAAGACAUCGUUGAUGUUGAAGAUCCGCCGCCCGCUAUUGAAGAAGAAUCACAGGCAUCUUCCUCAGUAGCUGGAACGGAUGAAGUUGAGGGUCAACAGCGGGCGUCAGUUGCGACUAAAAGUGAAGACGAAUCCCAAGAUAUAAACGUCAAUGAACCAGGAAUCACGGCAGCAGUAACAACACCAGCAAUCAGUCAGGAGGAAUCUAAGGUUGAGGAAAUGGAAGUGGACACCAGCCCUGUUCCAGAGACAAAAGAAGAAGAGGAGAAGGAGGAACCAAUUGAAAAGGACAGUGAUGGCAACGAUGAAGGUGGUGGUGACAACGUCACGGAAGAACCCUCUCCAACGCCAGCAGAAACGACAGCAAGCAAAGACGAUAAAGACAGCUUUACACCGACGCUGGAAUCAGUGGAAGAGAAAGGAGAAAGUCAGUGCGUCGAGCAGGAAAAUGAGGAAGAAGGAGCCACUGGUGCUGCGAGUAGUAGUCGCCCAGAUAGUGCUGCAGCGGGAGACUUGCUGGAUGACAUAGAGAUGACGAACGUUGAUGAAAGUCGGCACCAUGGCGAAGGCGAACCUAUGGAUGAAACGGAUAAAUCACUCGACCGAUCUACAACUGCUACGUUGGAUCCGUUCGAUCAAGUCAAGCACGCGGAACAGUCUAAAGACGAGUCCUCGAUGCAGAACGAAAGCGGGGCAGGGGACGACGUGACGAUGACUAGUACUGAGGUGGACGAAACACCGCAGCCAGAGAAUGAUUCGACGGUUAACAAUACCACCACAUCCGCCGCUGAGAAUGCCGACGAGAGUGUAGCCGAAGAUGGAGUUGUCGAGCUAACCGAGGGCGAAGGAGUUGAUGAGAAUGUUUGCUUGCUGCCGGAUGAUGAGCGCGAGCUAUCCGAAGCGGACAAGGAACGUGCCAGAGUCGUUCGUGAAGCGGCCGAAGAAGCCGAGAAAAGUCAAGACGGAUUGGAUAAAACCGGCGAAGAAUCAACGGAAAAACCAACGAUGAACGAUAAACCAGCAGAGGAAACAGUAGAUGAAGUUGAUGGAGAGGAAAAAGCAACUGAGAAGGAAACAACCGCCGAAAAAGAGACAGACGGCGGCGAGGUCGAAACCACUGACUUAGAAAAGGAACCGUCGCCUGAGGUGCGGCUGGAAUCUGGUGCCGAGCAAGUUGAAGAGAUAGAAACCGAACAGGACCAUGCCGCUGAUGCGCCUCCACAAGUGAACCAAAUCCGAGAGGUACCGGAGCCGAUGGAGCAAACCUGCUUGAAGUGUGCUACGUCCAAAGUCUGCGAAUAUAGCUUGAUACAGGAAGAUGGAGAGGAGGCAAAGUUCAUCUGCACCUUUGACUGUGUCCAAUCGAUGCGGACCGAAACUCCCGGAAAAUAUGUGCUCGUUCAGAAGAAGGUGGCAAUCGUACAGAUUUUUGACUGCGAAAAAUCUUGCGCUCGUUGUGACAAGAAAACCACCUGCAAAUAUCGUUAUCAGAGUGGAAAGCCUGAAGGUGACGAACGCUAUAAGUACCUUUGCGAUACAAAAUGCGUCGAACAUCUGACUUCAAUUAAUGGUGAAAAAUACGUGCUGAAGAGAAAGCGCUAUCUAGUGGACGAAAAGUCUGAAGCGGAAGAGAAAAAGUGCAUUCAGUGUAAUGAGAUUAAAAGUUGCAAGUACUACUUUUCUCAGGAUGAGGAUGAGUUGUUUAUCUGUCACGAAGACUGCUUGAAUUUGCUGAUGACCGAGCAUCAGGAUCUGUUCCGUUUAAAGCGACGCUCUGUGCGAGUUCGGGACCUACCCAAAAGAAUUCCUAGCGAGCCGGAGCCUCCGGUAGAGAACACAAAGGCAGUUGCCCGUACGGAGGAGGAAGCCGAACAUGCUCGGCUGGAUCGAGAUGCUAGUUAUAUGAGACGCUGCGCACAGUGUUUUGCACUGAUUCAAUUGACCGAGAAAACACUACAAUGGGAAACGCUUGAUUUCUGCAACGAGAAAUGCUUGGGCGUGUAUCAAAACUCAGUCGGCUCUAACUGUGCCAUGUGUAGUAACUCGGUUUCAGUGACCAGUCUGGGUAAAUAUUGCGUUCGAUUUGGUUUCGAUGUACGACAGUUCUGUCGUUCUAGUUGUCUGGAUCAGUACAAGAAAAAUUUGAAAGUUUGUUCCUACUGUCAGCGGGAUAUCACCAUCGGUGAGCUCGGAUUUCUGGCACCGGUGGGUGAUAAAGGUCUAUUUAAAGACUUCUGUACUCAGAAUUGUUUGAAGAAAUACGAGGAAGUGCUAGAUCCCAGCAAAAAACAAGUUCCACAUGUAUGCGCUGUUUGUAACCACGAGAAAGUUACCAAAAUCAACGUAAUGCUGGACAAUCGAGAACAUUUUUUUUGCAGUACCCCGUGCUUUUCGGCGUUCAAAUUUGUCAACAAUGUUAACCCGGAUGAGUGUGCCAUGUGUAAAACCUACUUCGAGCGAAAAUCGGCCGAUUGUUUCACAAUCUUUACUGCGGAUAGAGGUCCAGAAGGGGCACCGUUCUGUUCGAAAAUAUGCAUGAAUCUCUACAUCAUCACCAACCGGAAGAUUGUGUCGUGCAACUGGUGCAAGGUGAAGAAAUACAAUUUUGACAUGAUCCAGAAAGUAGUUGGUAACAUGGCAAUGUGUUCGCUCAACUGUCUGACACUGUGUGAAGUGUCAGUAAAUGCUCUGUCCAUGAAACAGAUUCAUUGCGAUCACUGUAAGCAGCUGAAGACGCCACAGUAUCACCUAACGAUGAGCGAUGCGAGUGUGCGCAAUUUCUGUACCUAUCAGUGCGUGAUGUCCUUCCAGAGCCAAUUCAACAAAACUCCUCUGACUAUUGACUCAGAGGAAAUCCGCAACGCCCCGGUACCUACAGGGCUGCCAAAGCGUGUCAAAAAGUCCGCAACACUUCCGGCAGCAGCUCUUGCAGCUGCUGCGGGCUCUUCAUCUCUGCCACAAUCGCCGCCAGUUCAUUUGCCACAAAAGAAAGGGCGUCCGCCACGAACUGCAGCUGCAGUUGCAAAUGCUGUUAUGACUUCUGGUGAUUUACCUGUGAUUUCAUCGGUGCAGUCACUGGCAGGACAGGUUGGUAAUGCUAAUCGAUCAACACGUUCCAAAGGAGGUCGUCCUACUGUGACUCCUACAACACCGGGAAUGGAUUUGCCAGAAUUACGAGUUUCACUGGAACCACUUAGCGUCCAAUUGACAACUUCCGCCCCGCAGCGUUUCGAAGCACCGGAACCUCCUCCACCGAAGGUGGAACUAAAAACACAAAUCGUCACAGUCCCUGCUGUUCCACCAGUGGUCGCCAACGCAGGUACAAUGUGCAAACCGAUCCAACAAUCGAAAGCGGUCAGCUGUAGACCAGUUCAGUGUAAUGUCGAAUGCCAAACUGAAGAUUGGCUGCAAAGACGGAUUGUCAUUCCGAUUCCUGUUCCCAUCUACGUCCCAACACCAAUGCAUAUGUACUCGUUACCUGUACCAAUUCCCGUUCCUUUCCCGCUUCCAAUACCCGUUCCAGUUUUCAUUCCAACCACGCGCAAUUCCGCUGCUGGCAUCAUGAAGGAAAUCAAAAAAAUCCAAGACAAAAUGCCUACCGAUCCUUACGAGGCAGAACUUUUGAUGAUGGCUGAGAUGGUCGCCGGUGACAAGAAGAAAGACGAUAGCGAUUCCGACUCCGAAGAAGAUACUGGUGAUCAGUACGCAACCGGAACCGCCGAUCACGGAAUGGAAAACAAUACCUCCUUUAACGAAGAUCUGGUCCAGAUUGCUCUAAAAAUGGCCUCGAACGAUUUCGAAGACCCGCCAGUUGAUUUGGAAUCAGCUAUGCAGGCUAACACAAUUGCUCCGCAACCCCCGAGCCACCACGGGUACGAUGAUGGUUCGCAGCAACAACUGCAUCACCAGCAAUUAAUGAUGCUCGAGCAGCAACGACAGGCUCAGGCCAUAGCCCAAAGAGGCGGUCGUAAACGAGCUCAAAAUUCUCGUGCGAACAACAACAAUCGUCAGCAGAUAUCACCCAACAAACGCAUCAAACGGGAACAGAUCAGCGAACCCUCGCCGGAACCACCUCGAGAACCGGCGGAAAAACCGGACGCCAACAUGUGUCUCAAGUACACGUUCGGUGUGAAUGCCUGGAAGCAGUGGGUUCUCACUAAGAAUGCCGAUCUGGAGAAGAGCACAAUCCGAAGAAAACCCUUCAAGUCCGAAAUACUCCAACUGACGGCGGAUGAGCUCAACUAUUCCCUCUGUCUGUUCGUGAAGGAAGUACGAAAGCCAAACGGUACCGAAUAUGCACCCGACACAAUCUACUAUUUAGUGUUAGGUAUUCAACAGUACUUGUUUGAGAACGGACGGAUCGAUAAUAUCUUUACCGAUCCGUACUACGAGCGCUUCACCGACUGUCUGGAUGAAGUGGCAAAGAAAUUCUCUGUGCUAUACAAUGAUUCCCAGUACAUCGUAACUCGUGUCGAAGAAGAACAUCUCUGGGAGUGCAAACAGCUUGGCGCCCACUCACCCCAUGUCCUGCUCAGCACGUUGAUGUUCUUCAACACGAAACAUUUCAAUCUGACGACGGUAGAAGAGCAUAUGGAACUCAGUUUUUCGCACAUUAUGAAGCACUGGAAGCGAAACCCGAACCAGGGUGGUGCCAAAAUGCCCGGAUCACGGAAUGUACUGCUGCGAUUCUAUCCUCCUCAGUCGUCCCUAGCUGCCAACUCUAGGAAGAAGAAAGUCUACGAACAGCAGGAGAACGAGGAAAACCCCCUGAGGUGUCCGGUAAAACUGUACGAGUUCUACUUGUCGAAAUGUCCCGAGAGCGUCAAAACGCGCAACGACGUGUUCUAUCUCCAACCAGAACGAUCCUGUGUGCCUGAUUCACCCGUCUGGUACUCGACACAGGCCCUUAGCAAGGAGGCUCUGAGCAAAAUGCUGCACCGCGUGAAGAUGGUGAAGGAAAUCAACAUCGCCUUACUCACCAGCUAAUGAAACGAGACGCACUAUGACGAGGAUAACGCUAGCAACACCACCACCAGUUCCAACGCAACCACCACCACCGGGGCCAGCUUCUGUUCCACGAUGAAUAGCGUGGCCAAUGCGCUCAGUUCACUUCCCUUUCGAACACUUCAAUCGUCACUCCAGCAGCUACAGCAAAACCAUCAAAAUCAACAGUCCGCUGCAACUCAACAGCAGCAGCAGCAACAACAAAACCACUAUUCCCAACAUCAUAACAGCAGCAAUGUUCAGAACUCUUCGGCAACGGCGGCAGGUCAGCCGCCGGCCAGUUUCAUGGCCAACAACACGACACAUCCACCUCCUCCGCCAGACUACGAUUACUACUACAAUGACUACUACCGCCGCUGGAGUGGCAUCAUGAAUUUCUACAAAUAACAUAAUGGAGAGCAACUGGAACGGAAACGGUGUGUAGGUAAGCAAAGUUAAUUCUCGUCACCGUUUUAAGAAAAUCAGAUAAAAACGAGUGAUUAAGAUCAAUGUAUCCAAAUAGAGGAGGAAGCACGAUACGGAGAUCUCAAAACGUGCAAAGCACCACUCGUAAAAAAAAAAAAGAAAAAUGAAGAGAAACACUUCCUCCGCUGUCACAAGAUGGAACGAACUAUAAGUUUUUUCAGUUUUUCACUAUUUUUCGUUAAUUCAAUUUUGAGUUAGCGUAGAAAACCAUUAACCUUGUCGCCAGUCGAUGUGGCCGGAUGUCUGUUUUUAGUGCUUUCAAGUUUAAGGCAAGAGACUCUAUAUUUUUUCAAGUAGAAGCGUAGACACAAUAAAUGAAUUGAGCAGAAGUAUGAACGGCAGGAAGUUUCCUUUUUUGUAAAUAUUUUCCUUAACUGCUUGUAGCGAUAACUGCACUCAACUGAACAUAGCAAUUUAACAGAAACAAAUCAAGAAAAAAAUAUUAAAGAUAAAUACAAACAUACAAGUCAGUGGAAUCGAGAUAAGAAGAGUACAUAGUUUUUAGGUGGCAAUGAAACAAAAAGAAUAAUUACUACACACAUAUUAGUAUAUACCUAACAGCUAAACACAUUUUAUUGUUAGAAGCAAAUUUGAGCUCUUCUCAGUGCUGGGAGAUUUUGUUUUUUCGCUGUAAAAGCAGGCAAGCUGGCGUAUUUCGGUUGUUUUCUUCUUAUUAGAAAUUUCGUUUUCUUUUUAUCAGGGCAUCGAACUGAGCGAGUAAUAGAUACUGAUAACUAAUAGCAGAAAUGUUCUAGUUUCAAAGGCAUUACAACAUUAUCACUACAGAGAGAUGGAUAUUUUCCAGUGUAAAAAUAGUGUCAAGAAAUGGACAAAAAUAGUCACAACAAACAGACAAAACACUAUUCAUCGGAGAACGUGCAGAUUUAAAAAUAAAAUAUAAGAUAAUAA